UAUUAGCAGAUUCCAGCUCAUAAAUCUUGUGCCCAUCUCCACACAAGUAGUUUGUGAAGUCAAACAAAAACUUCAACUUUUUAAGUCUCUCUCUCUCCUCUCUCUCUAUCUCUUAAUAUUCAAACUAAUUAACUGCAUAUAUAUAGAUGUGUCAGUGUGUAUAAUCUUCAUGAGGAGCUUAAUAUAUUUAGUCAUAAUAUCUCUCAAAAGUGUGAAACCUUGUUAAGCUCUUCUUCUCUCAUAUUUCUCUCUCUCCCCCUCAAUCUCUCACCAUGGUAUCUGAAGCUCCUCAAGAUAAUAUUGAUGAUGAGAAAUUGGCGAGACAAAAAGAAAUCGAAGAUUGGUUACCAAUUACUUCAUCAAGAAAUGCUAAAUGGUGGUACUCUGCUUUUCACAAUGUCACCGCCAUGGUCGGUGCCGGAGUUCUCGGCCUCCCUUACGCCAUGUCUCAACUUGGCUGGGGACCAGGAGUCGCAGUAAUGAUUCUCUCAUGGAUCAUAACACUAUACACACUAUGGCAAAUGGUGGAGAUGCACGAGAUGGUUCCGGGGAAGCGUUUCGAUCGCUAUCACGAGCUUGGACAACACGCGUUUGGAGAAAAACUCGGUCUUUAUAUUGUCGUGCCGCAACAGCUGAUCGUGGAAAUCGGCGUUUGCAUCGUUUAUAUGGUCACUGGAGGCAAAUCGCUGAAGAAGUUUCAUGAGCUUGUUUGCGAAGAUUGCAAAUCAAUCAAACUUACUUACUUCAUCAUGAUCUUCGCUUCUGUCCACUUUGUCCUCUCUCAUCUCCCCAAUUUCAAUUCCAUCUCCGGCGUUUCUCUCGCCGCCGCCGUUAUGUCUCUCAGCUACUCAACAAUCGCAUGGGCAGCUUCAGCGAGCAAAGGCGUUCAAGAAGAUGUUCAAUACGGUUACAAAGCAAAAUCAACGGCCGGUACGGUUUUCAAUUUCUUCAGUGGUUUAGGUGAUGUAGCGUUCGCUUACGCGGGACACAACGUGGUCCUUGAGAUCCAAGCAACGAUCCCUUCGACUCCUGAGAAACCUUCAAAAGGCCCGAUGUGGAGAGGAGUCGUCGUCGCUUACAUCGUCGUCGCGCUUUGUUAUUUUCCGGUGGCUAUGGUCGGAUACUAUAUUUUCGGGAACGGUGUCGAAGACAAUAUUCUCAUGUCACUUAAGAAACCGGCUUGGUUAAUAGCGACGGCGAACAUCUUCGUCGUGAUCCACGUCAUUGGUAGUUACCAGAUAUAUGCAAUGCCGGUUUUCGAUAUGAUGGAAACUUUAUUGGUUAAGAAGCUUAAUUUCAGACCGACCACAAUUCUCCGGUUCUGUGUCCGCAAUUUCUAUGUUGCUGCAACAAUGUUUCUUGGUAUGACGUUUCCGUUCUUUGGCGGGCUUUUGGCGUUCUUUGGAGGAUUCGCGUUUGCCCCAACGACAUACUUCCUUCCUUGCAUAAUUUGGCUAGCCAUCUACAAACCUAGGAAGUACAGCUUGUCUUGGUGGGCCAACUGGGUAUGUAUCGUGUUUGGUCUUUUCUUAAUGGUCUUGUCGCCAAUAGGUGGGCUAAGGACGAUCGUUAUUCAAGCAAAGGAUUACAAGUUUUACUCGUAAAUGCAAUGUAAUAUGACUAAUGUUAAGAAACAUAUUUCUACUUUUAUAUAUUUGUGUGAGAAAAACUUUAAAAGAUCAACAGGAGACAUAAAUAGAGGAAUCAGUGGUCUGAGGUCUGAAUUUGAAAUAGCUUUUAGGGUUUGUAUUUUUGUGUGUUCAUAUAUCUUUUAUAUAAAACAAUAUAUUUGUUGUGCCAAAAAAUAUGAAGAAGAAACAAGAUAUUUCGUUCUUUUCUGUUUCCAAAGUGUUUGGUUCUAUGUGAGUUUUGAUUCUUUGUGUUCUCAAGACAAAAAAAAAAAUAUAGAUAUUUCAUACACUUCGAAGCCAUUAAUUAUUUCCAUGAUUAUUAAAUGAAAUUAUUAUUGAGAUUUCAUAUCCUGUAUAUCUACAAGAUACCUCAAGAAAUCAAUUUUGAAAUCGUUC